AAGGAACAUAGGCAUCAACUGGCAGAAACAGAUGCCCAGAGUUUGAUGGCAGAAGUAGGGGCUUUGGUAGGUAGUUUGCCUGGUUCCCAUUUGUCACAUCUUGCCCCGGCUACAGGAAAAUUCUGCAGUGCUGUGAGAAAUUUGGGUAACUCAACUAGGACUCAUUUUAUGGGGACAACAGAGAGCUGACUUGGGAUCACCAAGUUCAGUCAGGUGUCAUGGAAACUGCAGGACUGCCUUUCUCCAGGUACUUUGCUGUCAUACACUUCCUUCAGAUGGUAACACCAAGUUCAGAACAAUUCACAGUGAAGGGCUUAGAGAGGCCAAUCGUGGCUUCACUGGGUGGAGAAGUUGAGCUCAGUUGCCAGCUGUCCCCACCACAGAGUGCACAACACAUGGAGAUUCGCUGGUUCCGGAACCGCUACACACAACCUGUUCAUCUGUACAAGGAUGGUAAAGACCUGUAUGGAGAAACUAUCUCCAAGUAUGUGGAGCGGACAGAGCUACUGAAAGAAGCCAUUGGAGAAGGGAAAGUGACCCUCAGGAUCCUUAAUGUCAGUGUUGAUGAUGACGGACAGUACCACUGCUUGUUCAGAGAUGGUGAUUUCUAUGAAGAAGCCAUCACAGAAGUGACGGUCACAGCUACAAACUUAGAAAUACAGAUUCUUCUGCAUCCUUCUAAUAUCAAAGGUCUUUUAGUGGAGUGUAAUUCAAGAGGAUGGUUCCCACAGCCUCAAAUGGAAUGGAGAAACAGCAGAGGAGAGGUCAUUCCAUAUGCAUCAAAAUCCCACUCACAGGACAGUCACAAAUUGUUCAACAUGAAGAUGACCAUUCUCCUUAGCAGUCACUCCCAUGGAAAUGUCUCUUGCUAUCUCCGAAACCCUGUAACUGGUCAAGAGGAAAGUACAAGCAUUGCCCUAUCAGAUAAACUAUUUCCAUGGAACAGUAUUUGGAAACUGAUUCUGGUUGUAAUUCUGGCUGUGCUGCUAUUCUUUAUCAUGAUUCCCAGUGCUGAACUACAUUUCAGACAGCAACGUAGCUCUUGCAGCUAUACCUCUCCUUGUGCCGUGGGUGCGGGGAUAGUCUGUUCUUCAACGUGUACAGUCGCUGGACUCAUCGUUUACAUGCACUGGAGAACACGAGUCCCUGUUUCAGAUCCACAAUUCCAGUUGGAUACUAUAUGGUUGGAAGAUAUCACCGUGGCCCUCUGUGUGCUGACAGUCUUCAUCACCAUGUUCCUUUCCUUUAUUUACUUCAGAUUGAGAGAUUUCCUACAAAAUUAAGGGAUUGAACAAGCAUCAAACUUCUCAUCUGGAACUCUGGAUAGAGACUACAGUGGUGCAAUAUGCUAAGAUCUCAGAAGAAAAUAAUUGUAGCCCUAUAAUUUUAUACAUAGCCAAAUGGUCGUCAUGUAGCAAGUAAAGAAAAUAUGUUUGGAUAUUCAAAUUUGUAUCACAUU